CUGAGCACCACGUGAUUGUUUCAGGAAGAAGUGCAUCCGCUGCAAGCAUGCUUUUGGACGUGGAUUUUCUGACUUCAGCAGAUCUCACGUACUACACUUAAAGCGCUGAGCAUAUACAAUGUUAAAAGUGAAAAGAGUUGUUCUGCACUCUCGCCCAGGCAAAAAUGGUCACCCGGUUCCUGGUAAUUUCCGCGUGGAGGAAACCGUAAAAUCUAGUGAGCUGAAAGAAGGACAGGUGUUGGUUCGGACACUCUAUCUGUCAGUUGACCCUUACAUGCGUUGUCGCAUGAACGAUGAUACUGGUGCUGACUACCUGUUGCCAUGGAGAUUAGAGGAGCCUGUGGAUGGUGGUGGAGUUGGAAUAGUGGUGGAAAGCAAGAAUGAAGCCUUAUCUGUUGGCAGCAUUGUCACUUCUUUCAAUUGGCUCUGGCAGACGUAUGAUGUGAUGGAUGGAAACCUUUUACAAAAGGUUAACCCAGAGAUGGUAGAUGGUCACCUGUCAUAUGUUAUGGGAGCAGUGGGCAUGCCUGGUCUUACUGCUCUAUUAGGUGUGAGAGAGAAGGGUCAUGUGAAUCCAGGAACCAAUCAAACAAUGGUUGUCAGUGGAGCAGCUGGUGCUUGUGGGUCAAUUGCUGGACAGAUUGGCAGAUUGGAUGGCUGUGAGAGAGUGGUGGGAAUCUGCGGUUCAGCCCAGAAAUGCCAGAUCUUGGUGACCGAGUUGGGUUUUACCACAGCUAUUAACUACAAGACUGAAGAUAUCAGCUCAGCUCUGAGGGAACAUUGCCCCAAUGGGAUUGAUAUUUACUUUGAUAAUGUAGGGGGUCCCAUCAGCGACGCUGUUAUAUCACAGAUGAAUACCGGUGGUCAUGUGAUCCUGUGUGGCCAGAUCUCACAGUACAAUAAGGAUGUGCCGUAUCCUCCCCCUCUUAGUGAAGAUACCCAAGAUACUUUAUGUCGCAAAAACAUCACAAGGGAGAGGUUUGUGGUAUUGAACUACAUGGAGAAACAUGAGGAAGGUCUGGUUCAGCUCAGUCACUGGGUAAAGACAGGGCAGAUAAAGGUGCUGGAAACUGUUGUAAAUGGUGUAGAAAACAUGGGAGAUGCUUUUUGCUCCAUGAUGACCGGAGGCAACGUAGGUAAACAGAUUAUCAAAAUUUCAGACUGAGUCAGUCCAUUGGAAGGUGGUGUUUCCCAGAGCCCUUGCGGGGAUUGUUUAACCUGGGUUGAUAGCUGAAACGUUGUUGGUUUGAACGCAGUUUCCAUGCUUGGAUACUCAUUGUGCCUAUGAGCAAGGAACUUGGCUGCUGUAAACACUUAAUAAGUGUACUGUCGAUUACAGUAAAAGCAUAAGUUUAGUGAGUACUUGUGUUAUUAAUUAAAGGUGCUCUAAGCGAAUUCACCCAUUUUUGGCCAUACAACAUUUUUUGUUUCAUACAGUAAACAUCUCCUCACUAUUUGCUAGCUGCCUGUCCCUUGAACACACUGUAAAAAAAAUGCGGUCUCUGUAGACAACCCAGUCUCCGCAAACUGCAACAAAAACUAAGUGGUCAAACCUACCACCACGAAACACAAUAAAGUGUUCCAGCCAAUAAACGACAAGAAGGAUUUGGGAGUGGGGAUUGGGCGCGUUCAUGACUUUUUCAGAAAGCACGGAAGAGAGGGGAGGAGUUAGCUACGCUCAGUUUUGUUUGACAACACUUCAAAGAUCAACAAGAAGUGACGUCACACAGAUUCGCUUAGAGCGCCUUUAAACAUUACAAUGUUUUCUUUUCUAAAUUGUCUAUUUUAAUGUAGUUUUAAAAAUAUAUUUUACUGCUAAUAAAAUAAUUAAUAAAAAAAGGUUUUUAAUUUAUAUUACGGCUGUCAAAAGAUUAAUCGCGAUUAAUCGCAUACACAAAAUAAAAGUUUGUUUUUGCAAAAUAUAUAUAUAUAUAUAUAUAUGUAUGCACUGUGUGUAAUUAUUUUGUAUGUAUACACACACAGAUGCAUAUAGGUAUUUAAGAAACAUUUACAUGUAUAUAAAUAUUUAUUUAGAUUUUAAUAUAUUUUAUAUUGUAUAUAAAUAAAAAAAUAUAUACAUAAACUACAUUUUUCUUAAAUAUGAUAUAAUAUAUGUAGAUGAUAAUUACACAUACAAAUAUAUUAUGUGCAUACAAACUUUUUUGUAUGCGAUUAAUCACGAUUAAUCUUUUGACAGCCUUAAUUUAUAUAGUGUAUGUAUCAAGAUUUAAAGUCCUGUUUAAGGCCUAUCUUAUUGAACAAUCCUUUUAUUUAAAGAAAGAAACCAAAUCACAAUAUUAAAUCUCUUUACUUUGAUAUACAUGAAUAAUACAGCCAGAUAAACCAACACUGCAAAAAAGUUGUUUCAACUUGAAAAAGUAAGUUACCUGGUUGCCUGGCUUAAGUCAACAAAUAUUUUUAAGUUGAAUGAACUCAACAUUUUAAGGUAACCAGGUAACUGACUUUAAUAAGUUGAGACAACAAAUCCUUUUUUACAGUGAAUGAAUGCAAAGUGAAAAAAAAUUCACAGAUUUAAAACUGAUCCCACCCCAUUAUUUUUUUGUAAAACAAUUUUUAAAGAAAUAUAAAAAAAACGUGUGUUUCACAGAAAAAAAAUACCAACAGACAAUUCUUGGUGCUUUUCGCACAAAAAAACUGUACAGCACUUCCUGACGGCAUUUGAAACUAUGAAAGCCACAUCACAGUAACAGAGAAUACCCAUAUACAACAAUACAAAUGGAAGCAAUAUACAUUACUAUAUCAUUUUAAAUUAAUACAUUAAAAUAAUGAAUAUAUAUUCAUAUAUAUAAUCGCACAUAAAAUCAAGUAUCAAACAUUCAUAAAAAUCCUACUGUCAUCACAAAUCUAGAUUAACAUGAAUUGAAUAAAUGACUCUUCUAAAAAUGUUCACUCUCAUUAUCAUGAACCGUUAAACUGCAGGUCUGAAAUAACAUUCAGGUCAUUGAAAGACAAACUAGAGCAGCCUUUUGUUCAAGUUUUUACUUUCCUGAGAGACAACAGAGACACUGAGUGACAAAACACACAUCAGCGAAUACACCAGGCAGAAACCCUUUCUGUUACCCAUCAAGUGGAUUAAGGGAGCAAAGAAAGACCUCAAUGAAAAUAGCUGUUUUUUACAAAAAUUGUCAUUGUCCUUAGGACAAUAGUGUGCACAUAUUGUGUCCAUGCAUUAAGUGUUAUCUGUAUGCUACAUUGAGUUCUGCUAUUUUGGCCUAAUUUUAAAUAUAGACUUUAGUCGCUCUGCGAAUGAUAACAGAGUGAUCUCAAUGAGCUCCCUUCCUGUGAUUAUGAUCCCUAUUGCAACAAUAAUCUACAUUCAUGUAAAUACAGUGGUUUCUUUCUUUUGAGGGAAGAGGCCUUCUGAAUUGAAGUUUAUAUGUUACAGUGUAGUUUAAAACUUUUACAAUAUAAGACAGAACUGUGACCCAACUGAUAAAAUGGCCAGCUUGUUUUUCCAUAUGAUUGAAUUACUGUAUUGCACGUCUGCAACAAAUAAAAAGUAUUUAUUAUGCAAUAAUGA